AUGGUCGCUAAAGCUUUCGAAUUCACUGGCGAGGUUGCCAUUGUCACCGGUGCUGGGUCACGUAUGCCUGGCGAGAUUGGCAAUGGGCGUGCGGCUGCUAUCCUACUCGCCAGACAAGGCGCCAAGGUCGCGCUAGUGGACUAUAAUGUUGAAUGGGCCCAGGAGACAAAACGCAUGAUUGACCUUGAGGGUGGUGUAUCAGAAGUCGUACAGGCUGAUGUAACUGAUGAGGAAAGCUGCAAGAAUGCCGUGGCCAAGACCAUUGAGCUAUUUGGCACUGUGAACAUUUUAGUCAACAUUGGCGAGUUUCCAUUCAACGUUAUAUAUACUUGGGAACGCGAUUUCAAAAUCAAUGUCACAAGCAUGGUGUUGAUGAGUCGUCAUGCUAUUCCUGAGAUGAGGAAGACUGGGCGAGGUGCCAUUGUCAAUAUGUCCUCAGUGAGCGGUCUCCUUGGUGGAAAUCCCAGUCUCUUAUACCCCACAACCAAGGGUGCCAUUAUCCAAAUGACCCGUGCUAUGGCUGCUCAACAUGGCCAAGAAAAUAUUAGGGUUAACUGUGUUUGCCCGGGAAUGGUCUUCACCCCAAUGGUACGAGGCAGAGGCAUGACGGAUAAGAUGCGCCAGGAUCGUAUCAACCAGAACCUUUUGAAGCAGGAAGGUACAGGGUGGGAUGUUGGUUAUGCAAUCCUGUUUCUCUGCAGCAAGGAAGCUAAAUGGAUCACCGGCUUGAUUAUGCCUGUGGAUGGUGGUACCACUGCAGGAAAGGCAGACAGACCAGCUUUGAAGGCUGAUACCCUCGCCGAGGAGAACACGAAAAUUUCCAAUAAUGCUUAA